AUGAAUCCUAUUGAAGAUGAAGGAUUGUCAUCAGGAGCAAUAGCAGCAAUAGUGUUACUGAUACUAUUAAUGAUUGCAGUUACUACAGUGAUUAUUAUUAUAUAUCUACUGAGAUGCAAGGGAUACUUGAGACAAUGCAACUUUUGUUUCAAAGCUAAGAAACAUUUAAAUCCUGUAAAAUGGAGUAAUACUACUGUGUCAAUGAAACACUCUACUGCAGAACUAAAGAGUUACAACAAUGAUUCAACAACUGCUCAAAUUUGUGAAGCAACCUAUGAUGCAAUAACUGAUUUACAUGCUCCUCCUGUUAAACCAACACCAUAUGGAGGAUUUGAUCCUAAAAUACCACAAACACUUCCAAUAUCAUUGAAUGAUCUAGGGAAUCAUGUAGCAUGCUGUCAUAGUGACAGUAAUGCUUACUUUUCUGAACAAUUUAAGGACUUGUACUCAGGGAAUGAUAAACAGUGCAGUGUUGGCUUAAAUGGAAUGAAUAAACCUUUGAAUCGUUUCAGAAACAUUGUCCCUUAUGAUGAUAACAUAAUCACACUCAAGCUUCCGGGUGUAGCACAACAUGAAUACAUCAAUGCAAGCUACAUUCAUGGUUAUAGUAAAGCUAGAAAGUUCAUUGCUGCACAAGGUCCAAUGAAGAAGACACUUGUUGACUUUUGGUGUCUCAUUUGGCAAGAGAAGCCAGCAUCUGUUGUGAUGUUGACUAAUCUUGUUGAGGACUCAAAGACUAAGUGUGAGCAGUACUGGCCUCAAUGUUUAAAUGAGAUUGAACAGUUUGGUCCAUUUUCUGUCACUCUACUAGAGGAUUAUGUAAUGCCUGAUUAUGUUAUUAGGAAUAUCUCAGUCACAUUACAGGAUGGCUCUGGUGAGGUUCAUGCUCUCACUCAGUAUCACUUAACAACUUGGCCUGAUCAUGGAGUACCUGAGUAUGCCACACCUCUCAUGACACUUCAUAAACGUGUCAUGAGUUCCUCUGCUAAGGGCCCUAUACUGGUCCACUGUAGUGCUGGUGUGGGUCGAUGGAACAUAGUCCAGUUUCAGGUUAUUGGGUGGAUGAAUGAUGGAGUCCUUAGAGACCCACGUACUGUCCUACAAGUUAUUGAUGAUGUUAUACACAGACAACAAAAGAUUGGAGGAGGACCAAUAGUGGUACACUGUAGUGAUACAGUGAGUCGUACAGGAGUGUACUGUGCUAUAAGUAUUGCUCUAGAACAGUGUAAGGCAGAAGGUGUAGUGGAUGUGUUUCAAGUGACUAAAGCUCUUAAAAGGAGUAAACCAGGAGCUGUCACUACACUGUUUUUUGAUAUCCCAAAUAUAAGUUAUUGCAAAGAAAUAUAUCUUUGUUAUCUUGAUUUAUUCAGUUUGUAG